AAGACACUUUUGGACAACACCACCACUACUUCCCACUUCUGGAUCGAAAAUAACAAACAAACCCAUCAAAACCUCUCUCUCUCUCUCUCUCUCUCUCUCUCUCUCUCUCUCUCUAUAUAUAUAUAUAUAUAGGCGGCUUCGAAUAAUGUUGCACUGAGAAGUUAUAUAUACAUGCCAUUGUGGAAUAAUUGAAGUCAAGUAGUUCUUCAAGAUGACCGCUGGCGGCGCGCGGUUGUCAGAUCGUCGGAGCUCGAAGAAAAUCAUCUGCGACGCCGCCGCCGGUGCCGCCGCAGGGGCUAUAGCUGCAACUUUUGUGUGCCCAUUGGAUGUGAUUAAAACCAGAUUGCAAGUCCAUGGCCUUCCUGAAGCUCACCAUUCUGGUCCAAAAGGUAGUAUCAUUAUUACAAGCCUACAGAAUAUAAUACGAACUGAGGGUUUGAAGGGACUGUACCGUGGCCUUUCACCAACAUUGGUGGCACUACUUCCAAACUGGGCAGUGUACUUCACAGUCUAUGGGUAUCUGAAAGACCUACUCCAUGCACGUGCGAAUGACAGUGGUCAACUUACAUUUGGUGCGCAUAUGAUUGCUGCUUCAGGCGCUGGUGCGGUCACAGCAAUUGCAGCAAAUCCACUGUGGGUUGUUAAGACCAGACUCCAAACACAGGGGAUGAGACCAGGUGUGGUUCCAUACACAGGCAUUUUUUCUGCUUUAAAAAGGAUUGCACAUGAGGAAGGAAUCCGGGGGAUGUAUAGUGGUCUUUUGCCUUCAUUAGCUGGAAUAAGUCAUGUUGCAAUCCAAUUUCCAGCAUAUGAAGAGAUUAAGUCCUACUUAGCAAGAAGGGACAAUACAACCCCUAACAAGCUAAGUCCUGGGAAACUUGCAAUUGCUUCUUCAGUAUCUAAAGUAGUUGCCUCAGUAAUGACUUACCCACAUGAGGUUGUGCGUUCCAGAUUGCAAGAGCAAGGACAACUGAGGAAUUCCAAGGUCAAGUAUGCUGGUGUUGUUGAUUGCAUUAAACAGGUAUUCCAGAAGGAAGGUCUUCCAGGCUUCUACCGUGGCUGUGCAACUAAUCUAUUGAGAACGACUCCAUCGGCUGUUAUAACAUUUACCAGCUACGAGAUGAUACGUAGGUUUUUGGAGCAGAUUUUAUCUCCAGAUGACAAGCAUUCAGAGGCCAACCCUAAAUCUGAUGGCCAUAUUAAGCGUCGAGAGGAAAACGACAGGACAGUGAGAAGAUUUCCUGUAAGUGGGAACUCUUCAAUAAGGCAGUGAAUAAAAAUGGCUGCAAUUUUUUGGACAUGUGGCGUUAUUGUUAUGUUCUUUUGCUGUGUUCCGAGUUAUUUUUCAACCUUAUUGAUGCAUUCCUUUUCAGGUCAGUUAAAGCUUUUACUUGUGUUUUUGAACCAAGCACUUUUUUCCCUUACUCAUGUAGUGUUUGUUUUUU